CCAACCUCGGGCCCCGUCAGCUCGGAGGUGCCUUCGUAGCUUAGCAUCGUGUCGGCCCGGCCCGGCCCGGCCAGGCCAGCGGGCAGAUGCCCCCAGCUGCUGCUGCCGUCGCCGCCGACUCCGCCAGUGGCGGUGUAGGAGGCGGGCGUCCGGCCCCGGGCCGCUGAGUGUGACGGACGGGGCCGGGGGCCGCCGGGCGCCGCGGCUUCUGCGGCUCCGCGCGGACCAUGUAUUUCCUGAGUGGCUGGCCCAAGAGGCUGCUCUGCCCUUUGGGGAGCCCAGCCGAGGCGCCUUUCCACGUUCAGUCCGAUCCCCAGAGGACUUUCUUCGCAGUGCUGGCCUCGGCCCGCCUGAGCAUCUGGUUCUGCCGACCUAGUGUGUUAAUUGUAACCUACAAGGAACCUGCAAAAUCAUCUUCUCAGUUUGGAUCCUACAAACAAGCUGAAUGGAGGCCAGACAGUACAAUGAUAGCUGUGUCAACGGCAAAUGGCUACAUCUUGUUUUUUCAUAUUACAUCUACAAGAGGGGACAAGUAUCUUUAUGAACCAGUGUAUCCCAAAGGAAGUCCACAAAUGAAGGGGACACCCCAUUUUAAGGAAGAACAGUGUGCUCCAGCAUUAAAUUUAGAGAUGAGAAAAAUACUGGAUUUGCAAGCACCCAUUAUGAGUUUGCAGUCUGUGCUGGAAGAUCUCCUGGUUGCUACUUCUGAUGGACUUCUUCAUCUUAUUCACUGGGAAGGAAUGACAAAUGGAAGGAAAGCUAUUAAUCUUUGCACAGUACCCUUUUCAGUAGAUCUGCAGUCAUCUAGAGCAGGUUCAUUCCUGGGCUUUGCAAAUGUGCACAUCAGAGACAUGGAAUACUGUGCCACACUUGAUGGGUUUGCUGUGGUGUUUAACGAUGGCAAAGUUGGAUUUAUUACACCAGUGUCCAGUAGAUUUACUGCAGAGCAGCUUCAUGGAGUUUGGCCACAAGAUGUUGUUGAUGGAACUUGUGUAGCAGUAAAUAACAAGUAUCGACUAAUGGCAUUUGGUUGUGCAAGUGGUUCUGUUCAGGUUUAUACAAUAGAUAACACCACUGGAGCUAUGCUGCUGUCUCAUAAACUAGAGUUAACAGCAAAACAAUAUCCUGAUAUUUGGAACAAAACAGGAGCUGUUAAAUUGGUCAGAUGGUCUCCUGACAACAGUGUUGUAAUAGUGACCUGGGAAUAUGGAGGACUUUCUCUAUGGAGUGUGUUUGGAGCUCAGCUGAUUUGUACACUUGGAGGAGAUUUUGCUUAUAGGUCUGAUGGUACCAAAAAAGAUCCUCUUAAGAUCAGCUCUAUGAGCUGGGGCGCAGAAGGCUAUCAUCUAUGGGUAAUCAGCAGAUUUGGUUCUCAAAAUACUGAAAUUGACUCUGAGCCCAAAAGUAUUGUUAAACAGCCUGGCAUUCUGCUAUUUCAAUUUAUCAAGAGUGUACUCACUGUUAACCCUUGUAUGAGUAACCAAGAGCAAGUGUUGCUUCAAGGGGAGGAUCGAUUAUACUUAAACUGUGGAGAGGCCUCACAAACCCAGAAUCCCAGUUCUUCAGCACACUGUAAACCCAGCCGGGAAAAGAGCUCGUUUGCAGAUGGCAGUUUUGAGUCUCAGAGUUUAAGCACUUUACUUGGACAUCGGCAUUGGCAUGUGGUACAAAUUUCCAGCACCUAUCUAGAGAGCAAUUGGCCUAUACGAUUUUCAGCUAUUGAUAAGCUUGGACAGAAUAUUGCUGUGGUUGGCAAGUUUGGCUUUGCACAUUACUCUUUACUCACCAAAAAAUGGAAACUUUUUGGAAACAUUACCCAGGAGCAAAAUAUGAUUGUGACAGGUGGCUUAGCCUGGUGGAAUGACUUUAUUGUCCUUGCAUGUUAUAACAUAAGCGACCGUCAAGAAGAGCUGAGAGUUUACUUACGAACAUCUAAUCUGGACAAUGCCUUUGCUCACGUCACCAAAGCACAAGCAGAGACAUUGCUGCUUAGUGUCUUCCGGGACAUGGUAAUAGUGUUUAGAGCAGACUGUUCAAUAUGCCUUUACAGUAUUGAAAGAAAAUCUGAUGGUCCAAAUACUACUGCUGGUAUUCAGGUCCUUCAGGAAGUCUCCAUGUCACGUUACAUUCCUCACCCUUUCCUGGUGGUAUCUGUCACUCUGACGUCAGUGAGUACAGAGAAUGGAAUCACCCUGAAGAUGCCACAGCAGGCUCGUGAUGCAGAGAGCAUUAUGCUAAACCUUGCAGGACAGCUCAUCAUGAUGCAGAGGGACAGAUCGGGCCCUCAGAUCCGGGAGAAGGACAGUAACCCUAACCAAAGGAAACUUCUGCCAUUCUGUCCUCCUGUUGUACUAGCCCAGUCUGUUGAAAAUGUGUGGACUACGUGUCGUGCAAAUAAACAAAAGCGCCAUCUUCUGGAGGCCCUCUGGCUGAGCUGUGGAGGUGCAGGCAUGAAAGUCUGGCUCCCUCUCUUCCCUAGGGAUCACCGCAAGCCCCAUUCCUUCUUGUCCCAGCGGAUCAUGCUGCCUUUCCACAUCAAUAUUUACCCCCUGGCUGUGCUGUUUGAAGAUGCAUUAGUCCUUGGUGCUGUCAAUGACACUUUACUCUAUGAUUCUUUGUAUACUCGGAACAGUGCUAGGGAACAGCUGGAGGUGCUCUUCCCUUUCUGUGUUGUGGAGAGAACCUCUCAGAUCUACCUCCACCACAUUCUGCGUCAGCUGCUGGUCAGGAAUCUUGGGGAGCAAGCCUUGCUCUUAGCCCAGUCCUGUUCUGCAUUACCUUACUUCCCUCACGUGCUGGAGCUCAUGCUCCAUGAAGUGCUGGAAGAAGAAGCUACCUCACGGGAACCCAUUCCCGACCCUCUGCUUCCCACUGUGGCGAAAUUUAUCACCGAGUUCCCACUCUUCCUGCAGACAGUUGUUCAUUGUGCCAGGAAGACUGAAUAUGCCCUGUGGAAUUACCUUUUUGCAGCCGUUGGAAACCCCAAGGACUUGUUUGAGGAAUGUUUGAUGGCUCAGGAUUUGGACACAGCUGCCUCUUACCUUAUUAUCUUACAGAAUAUGGAAGUCCCAGCAGUAAGUAGGCAACAUGCCACCCUUCUGUUCAACACCGCCCUGGAGCAAGGCAAGUGGGACUUAUGUCGACACAUGAUACGAUUUCUUAAAGCUAUCGGCUCUGGAGAAUCUGAGACACCUCCAUCCACGCCUACAGUUCAGGACCUACCCAGUUCAAGCGGUGGAUUUGAGUUCUUCAGGAAUCGAAGUAUAAGUUUAUCCCAGUCAGCUGAAAGUAUACCUGCUAAUAAAUUCAGCUUACAGAAAACACUAAGUAUGCCAUCUGGUCCUUCUGGAAAAAGAUGGAGUAAAGACAGCGACUGUGCAGAGAACAUGUAUAUUGACAUGAUGCUCUGGAGACAUGCUCGGCGUCUCUUAGAAGAAGUUCGGCUAAAGGACCUAGGUUGCUUUGCAGCUCAGCUGGGCUUUGAACUAAUUAGCUGGCUCUGCAAGGAACGUGUCCGAGCUGCUCGGGUAGACAACUUCGUGAUAGCCCUGAAGAGACUCCACAAAGAUUUCCUGUGGCCCUUUCCCAUCAUCCCAGCCUCUUCUAUCAGUUCUCCUUUCAAGAAUGGAAAAUUCCGAACAGUGGGAGAGCAGCUGUUAAAGUCUCAGUCAGCGGGCCCUUUUUCAAACCUUGAGAUAGAUGCUGGCAUCUCUAAUGUCCAACGAAGUCAGAGCUGGCUCAGCAACAUUGGCCCUACCCAUCAGGAGAUAGACACAGCCUCAUCCCAUGGACCACAAAUGCAAGACGCCUUUCUAUCACCUUUAUCUAACAAAGGUGAUGAGUGCAGUAUUGGUUCAGCCACCGACUUGACUGAAAGUAGCUCUAUGGUGGAUGGGGACUGGACAAUGGUGGAUGAAAAUUUCUCCACACUCAGUUUAACGCAGUCAGAGCUAGAGCACAUCUCCAUGGAGUUGGCGAGUAAAGGGCCUCACAAAUCUCAGGUCCAGCUUCGGUAUUUGCUACACAUCUUCAUGGAGGCAGGAUGUCUGGACUGGUGCAUUGUCAUAGGCUUGAUUCUUAGAGAAUCCUCAGUAAUAAACCAGAUUUUGGUUAUUAUACAGACUACAGAGGUAGAUGGAGAGAUGUUACAGAACAUAAAGACAGGGCUGCAUGCGGUGGACCGAUGGGCUUCUACAGACUGUCCUGGAUAUAAGCCAUUUUUGAACAUCAUUAAGCCACAACUGCAGAAGCUCAGUGAGAUAACAGAAGAGCAGGUCCAACCUGAAGCCUUCCAGCCCGUAACUGUGGGUAAGACUCCUGAACAGACUAGCCCCCGGGCAGAGGAGAGCAGGGCCUGCUCAGGCCACGGAAGCCUCCCCCAGGGUGAGGUUGGAGGUAACAGCCUGGUCAGCCGGAAAGAGGAGGACACAACCCGAGCAGAGGAGGACGAACCUUUACAGGAUGGGACUUACGACUGUUCUGUGUCCUAAUGAGAGUGGGGUGCCGUCACCACGGGCAGUAUUAAUUACUUAGCAGCAGCAUGUGUUCAACUGAGGACACUGUGACCUAGUUGAUUUAACCAGGGAGAGCUCAGCUCAGAAAUUCUGAUAAGGUAUUAAAUUUUAACUAACUCUCCUCUAAGAAAUCUGACUUCAUAAAAAUGUGGUAUCAGGCUAACUCAUCUUUCAUAAAAUUUUUUUAAGCUUCAAUAGAAAUAAAGAAUACUGUACAGAUGUACAUGAGAAUAUUUUGGUUUUAUUCUUAAAGGUUGGUAACUCUUAAACCAUAGGGAUUGUUUUGCCCAGAUGAGCUUACUUUUUCACUAACAUAUAGCUUACCUGUUUUCUGGUUCAGCGUGUGUCUAGACUGCUUUUUAAAAAUAAACGCUAAGGUGCUUGCUGUAGUUCAUCAGGUACCUGAGCCACCUGUAAUGCUCCCUUGGAUCGAGAGCACUGGGUUCUAACUGGGCCUCCUGCCUUGGCAUAGCACAUGCCAGUGUGAGGGAGAUGUGCCCCCGGCUGUUCCUGCCUGCUAAGCCCCAGUCCUGAACUGAUGGGAGAUGUCUUCCUGAGUUGGUGUGCGCACUUGAUUCCUGCUAGGUCAGUGCAGGCGGAGGUCUGAGGGGUUCUUAUUAAUUAUGCUCUUAGAUACCACUAAACUGUUUUAUAU